GGGCAAGAUGGCGGCUGCCGCAGGGGCACUGAGGAGGCUGGUGCGGUGCAGGCCCCAGCAGGUAGGGCCGGGCCGGCUGCCCCCGCCCGCCCGCCUCGCUCCCCCCGGCUCCGUGUUAACGCUUGUCCCCGUCUCUCCGCAGGGCCUGGGGCGGCUGCUGCAGCUGCGCAGCGGGAUUCACGGGUCCGCGCCGGCCGCCGUCCAGGUGAAUGUCCGUGACGCAUUGAAUCAGGCAUUAGAUGAGGAGCUGGAGAGGGACGAGAGAGUAUUUUUGUUGGGAGAGGAAGUUGCCCAAUAUGAUGGAGCAUACAAGAUUAGCAGAGGUCUCUGGAAGAAAUACGGAGACAAGAGAAUAAUAGAUACUCCUAUAUCCGAGAUGGGCUUUACAGGAAUUGCUGUAGGUGCUGCUAUGGCUGGACUGAGGCCUAUUUGUGAAUUCAUGACCUUCAACUUCUCCAUGCAAGCAAUUGAUCAAGUUAUAAAUUCUGCUAGCAAGACACUUUACAUGUCUGCAGGCAUGGUGCCUGUCCCAGUUGUCUUCAGAGGUCCCAAUGGUGCCUCAGCUGGAGUAGGAGCACAACAUUCACAGUGCUUUGCUGCUUGGUAUGGGCAUUGUCCUGGACUGAAAGUAGUCAGCCCUUGGAGUUCAGAGGAUGCUAAAGGUCUGCUUAAAGCAUCAGUCCGGGAUGACAAUCCAGUUGUGAUGCUGGAAAAUGAGUUGAUGUAUGGAGUUCCUUUUGAAAUGUCAGAAGCAGCUCAGUCAAAGGACUUUCUUGUUCCUAUUGGAAAAGCCAAAAUAGAAAGGCAAGGAACCCAUGUUACUUUAGUGUCACACUCCAGAUCUGUUGGACACUGUCUGGAAGCAGCUGCUGUACUUGUCAAAGAAGGUGUGGAGUGUGAGGUGAUAAACCUCCGUACCAUUAGACCAAUGGACGUGGAAAGUAUAGAAGCCAGUGUUGUGAAGACAAACCAUCUUAUAACAGUGGAAGGAGGCUGGCCCCAAUUUGGAGUAGGAGCUGAAAUUUGUGCUAGGAUCAUGGAAGGACCUGCCUUUAAUUAUUUGGAUGCUCCAGCUGUGCGUCUUACAGGUGCAGAUGUUCCUAUGCCUUAUGCAAAGAUUUUGGAAGAAAACUGCUUACCUCAAGUGAAAGAUAUCAUAUUUGCCGUGAAGAAAAUAUUAAAUAUCUAGGUUGUGUAUAUACAAGGUGCUCUUCCAAAGUGUGUGUGUCUUAAGAAGAGAACUAAUAGAACGGACUAUAAACUUGUAUUCAUAACAAUGUUAUAUAGCUCUAUUGACCUCUUGUACUGAGGGAAAGGUUUAGGUGACCUUUUAAAUGUAUUUAAUCUGUGUUUAGUGGGUUAUCCUCUCAGCUGCUUUCUUCUACCUAGCUAAGCAGUAAAGCGCACUUACAGUUGAGUGCCAGACUCAUUUUGUAAAGUGUGAAUCUGUAUUGAAAGCAGUAGGUAUUACAGAAGGUGAGAAGAAAACAUUACUGUAUCAAGGGAGCUUAAACCUCCCUCUAUGCCAUUUACAAAUGUAAAAGAAAUAACCUUGGACCCAAACUGCACC